AUGCCUCGCCAUUCCAAGAAUAACACCGCUUCAAGUGUAUUUACAUAUCAUGAAACGAAAGCACUCGAUUACGGAACCAAACGACAACGCAUCGGACGGGAUUCAUUUAGAGAAUAUAAUGCUUGCUUCUUAUGUUUACAAACGGCCAGAGAUCCAGUGGCCUGUUCUCACGGACAUUUAGCAUGCCGAGAGUGCAUGUACGAGUCGAUUUUAACUCAGAAACAAGCGAUCAAACGAGAACAGAAACUGUUGGAACAGAAAUUGCUGAAUCUAGACGAAAAAAAGGCCAAAGAGGAAGAGGAAGCGAAAAUCGCCCUUUUGGAAGAAUUCGAAAAGACACAGAACAGUAUGCUGGGCCCACGUAAAGCCAUCGGCCAAACCAAUGCGCCAACCGCAUCAUCGGCGUCAUCGCCCGUCAAGAGUGACAAGGAAUCCGCAGUGUCAGUACGCAGCGGCGAAUCCGUUUCCACCGCAGGCACCAAACGUAAAUUUGAAUUGACGGAAGAAGAGCUUCGAAGUAUUGCCGAUCAAGAUAUCAGUAAAGCUUGGCAGCGAUUGGAGGAAGAAAAAGCCAAAAUGAACAAAUCCAAGUUAUCCAGCUUUUGGUUGCCUUCCAUGACACCGGAAGCACAAAAACAAUACAAGGACGAAAUCAAACCGAUACAGACACAAGCCAUGUGUCACGCUGCGAAAGAAGCUCAUCCUGUGAGUCUAAAAUCGUUGAUUGAGGUGAAAUUCCAGGCCGAGGAAGGCAAUAAAGAUAAGCUUGUGUGCCCCGCAUGCUUAAAAUCACUGUCAAACUCAAUCAAAUUCUCAGUGUUACGCAACUGCGGCCAUGUCAUUUGCAACCACUGUAUUGAUAUGUUUGUGAAAAAGUCCAAGAAAUGCUACGUCUGCGAAGCCAAAGCUAAAUCCAAGGAUAUUGUCGAUAUGCGACCGGAAGGUACCGGGUUUGUCAGCGGCAGCACAGCGGCCAUGGCCGAGAAAUGGGAUACUGCAUUCCAAUAG